UUAGUUGUUUGAAGAGCAAACUAAUUAACAAAAAUGGGUUGCUGGUCACCUCUGAAUGCGAUGAAGGCCUAUGUUCAUACUCUUCAACUGUGCAAGGACUAUAGCGAUGAUCAAACCGACUCCAACGCCAACGCCGGCACUAGUAAGCUCAUCGAACCCGAGUGCGUGGAGUUCAUAUCAGCCCUCGCCGCAGGCAACCAAUCUCGACUCAUGAUCGACGUCACCUCCGACGGCGUAUCUCCUUCUACGCUAGCCCUCGCCAUAGCUGCCCGACACACCAACGGCCGUCUCAUCUGCGUCUGCCCCGAUCGGCCAUCCCUCGCCCAAGCCAAGUCCCAGCUUCAAGGUUUCGGGCUCCAAGAUGCAGUUGAUUUCCAGAUCGGGGAUCCUUGCUGUGUGAUCAAGCAAUACAAGAACGUGGAUUUCGCUGCUGUCGAUCAUAGGAUCGAUAAUUGCGACGAGGUGCUGUUUUCUCUGGACAUGAAUCCUGACGGGUCUAUUGUGGUGUUGAGCAAUUUGUUCAGAGGUGGUAGUAGUAGUAGUAAGAGGAGGGUUGGAGCUCCUAAUUAUGUGCAUAUGAAGAAGGGUAGCUAUAGAGGCCGAGGGAUCGAGAGCGCAGUUCUGCCUGUAGGUGGCGGGAUGGAGGUUAAUAGAUUUGGGAGAGCUUGCAGAUCAUCGAGACAAAAGCGAUCAAAGAGGACCUUUUUGGUCUAUGAGGAAUGAAUGAUCAGAUGGAAUUAAUAUCAAAAAAUUCAAAGCCCUCUUCACACCCGAUGAUCAACCAACAAGAAAAGCAAGUUCUGAUGGGCUUUCAGUGAUCAUAUUGAGGUGAAUUUAAGCCUUUUGUUUGUUUUUCCUGAUUAUGUAGCGUACGUGCAAGACAUAUAUUGUGGCUCCCUGCUGUUACAUACGUACUACUGUACUGUCGUCUUAAAAUUGGAUAAGGUAACAGGAUGUAUUUGAUAUUGUAACCGAAUGCUUCCCUGCCAAAAAAAGAUUAUGUACAUAAAAA